AUGGCAUCGCUGUAUCCCGCGCUGAAGCUGACAGCUCAGAGCCCUCUGCUGCCGGGCCCACAAUCGGCAGGGACACAGGCCGCACAGGCUCUCGAAGACGGAGUUCGCCGGCGGCUGCUGUCAUGCCAGCUGGAAGACCAGAUUUCUGCAGGGACCGAAGCCAGGACGACGCAAACUCCGAAACCACUUGUCACUGAGAAGCUGGGCAAGGAGCCUGCUCCGCCAGGAUUGGUGAAUCCGAUCGAUGGCCAGCGAGGCCGUCCGCCCGAACGAGUUGUGGCCGUGCGGGACCUGGCAGAGCGCAAGGCCAGCCUGAGGAAAGUGGCCAAGCAGUCCUGGAAUCCUGCGACGAGCCUGGAACCGUCAUUAGAAGAGCAGCCUCUUGUUCUUCUGGGAGACUUCGUGCCCAAAGACGGCUUGAAGGAGACAGAAGACAAAGAGUGCAAAGAGUGCACGAGGACGAUCCUUUUGUGGGAUGAGGGCCGCCGAUGUUUUGCGUCUCAUUGGCCAGGAGUUCUGGCAUCCAGUUUCUGCAACUACGCUUUCGACUUGCUGCUGCAGCACGGGCCAUGGGAAGCACUCCACAGCAAGAAGGGCCAAGUCACUCGGGAGACCUGCUGGUACGUUCGAGCAGGGUGUCGCUGCGACUACACCUAUGGCAUGGCAAGAGUCAGAGCAAAGAAGAAGCCUUCAGCUACGUUCAGAGCGGCGAUGGAGACGCUGCUGGAAGAGGUGAUGAGCCGGGUGUGUCCUUGGCUGCCCAAAGAUGCGUGGCCAAACAGUGCAAAUCUGAACCUCUACACGGAAGCGUGGCAGUCUGUUGGUUGGCAUGCAGAUGACGAGUCGCUGUUUAUGGGCCGUGACCGUGAUUGUCCCAUCAUUUCGGUGUCCCUGGGUGCAAGGAGGGAGUUCUGGCUCGCCCUGCGGCACGACAACUGCAUGGACCCGCAGCUCAAAAGCAUCAUCGAGGUGGACUUGCGUGAUGGAGAUGUGCUGACGAUGGAGGGACUUUGCCAGAAGCAUUGCGUGCACUUCGUGCCCUGCGACGUUCGCAAUGUGGCAAAUGCGGCACAUCCGCGGGAGCCCAUCGACGGACGCCGUGCUCGAAUCAAUGUGACUUGGCGCUGGAUCCGCGACCACAAACAAAGGUGUCCCAAGAGAGCAGUGGAAGGAUCUAGCCCGUCCGACUUCUACUUUGAAAGCUAUGGCCAAGUGAGCCAGGCCUGUUCGGAGAAGAAGUCUCUCUUUGUACAGUCCUGGGCUGGGGGCCGCGCUGUGGCUUGGAGAUCCUGUCAGGAGUGUGACCAUGAUGCCUGGAAAGGCGGCCGGAAUUGCCUGAAACAUCAGAAGCAGUGGCUUUGCAGGCCGUGCUACGAGUACAUGCUGAGUGGAGGGCCUCCUCGGGAAAAGUUGCAGCCACCGAGGGAGAGAGGACAGAGGCGGCCAGACAUCUUUGCGAUCCGAGCUCGUGCCGGUGAAGCAGCACUCGAGGCUGAUGACCAAGACACUGAAGCUCCUGAUGAUGCGGAUAUGUCUGCUCGAGAUCAGCUGUGUCUUCAUGUUGCCCAGCAGCAGCUGCAGGCUCACAUGUGCAUCAUGCAGCAGCACCAAGUCCAACAGGCGCUGCGCCAGGCGCAUCAGCUCGAAUCCUCGAGAGCUCUUAUUGCGCUGGCGGCAGCUCAUACCUUCAGGCCAUGGCCUGAGUCAGUCGAAUCCUUGGGAGGACAAGAGGCUGCAAAGCAAUGCGCAGAUGCAGGGCAAUGCGGCCAGCAGAGUGCACCACAAGUGUCGUACUACCCAGUCCGCCACCAGGUCUUGCAGUGA